AUGGCUGAGAUCGAUUUUACAUGCCUGGAAACAAUUACAGUCGGAUAUUCUACACCAGCUGAUGCUACCCCAACCACCCCUCUCAAAGUCUCGCAAAUCGAUUUACAAUACAAGUAUUCUCCAGAGACACCGUGGGCUCCCAUUCACGAGGUUUCUGAUGGUCGCGUUGAACGCAUCAAGAAACAUUACUGCCACAUUUGGGACCUCGGUACCGAGGAGGAAUUGGAGCAACUCCCUACAUCCCCAAAUGCGGUCUUUGAGGGCCCUGAAGUCACCAUCACUGCCCAAGAUGUCGAAUCUUUCACCAAUGUAACCCUUAACAAAUCCGAUGUAUACCGUGCUUCGAACGCUCGAAUGGAAGUUCCCAUGGAUUUCAGUAUCAAACUCGGCUGGAAGGCGAUUAUGAAGCCCCUUUUCCCAAAAUCUGUACCUGGUGAUUUACUUGCCUUGGUGGGCGAUGUCGUUGUUAGCGAAGCCAAAAUUGCUAGCAUCACCAACAGUGAAACUGGAAAAACCGUAUCUGUUAAGGGUACCGUCUUCCUCUUGAAAGAUGGCGCCAAAGUGGCGGUUAUGGACGUAUUGUUAUCCUUUUUCUAUCGCGGUCGAUUCGAUGACUAUGACGCAACUUUCAUGUCUGAAGAUGACCCCGAGUACAAAGUCACCAUGGCUACAACCACCGAUAUCGCUACGUUGACGUUCAAAGCCUCAUCUUCGUACCGUUACAGAGAGAAGAGCGUUUACUCGAAUGUUCAAGUUGAAGGCUUCACCUAUCUCACUGGCCUCGGCGCCGACCCCAAUCAACUUGUCCAGGUGGCUACCAUCACUUACAACUCUUCUCUACCAUCUCGAGGAAAUCCCGUUGUCGAAUAUCUCAAGAGGUCUGGGAGUCCUGUCGGUCAACACAUCUUAUUUACUAACGGAGGUUAUGUCAUCAAAGAUGAUCAUCCCGAAGAACUCUCCACCCCUCCCAGUAACCAAGCUUAUUCCCACUCGAGUUCCGACUGGAAUCCUAUUCACUGCAAUCCUUACUUCGCUAGUCUCGCUUCUCUGCCCGGUACCAUCACUCACGCUAUGUGGUCUAGUGCGGCGACUCGGAGUGUUGUCGAACGAGUUGCGGCCGAGGGACAUGGAUCUCUCGUCAAGAGUUACGAUGUCUCCUUCACUGGCAUGCUUUUGCCCAAUACGCCUCUCAAAGUCGAAUUGAAACACAUCGGUCAAACUUCAAGAGGAAACAAACUUAUUUCCGUCACCACGCUUGCCUUACCGUCUGAAUCAUCUUCCUCCACCCCACCUACAAAAGUAUUAGUCGGGACAGCUGAAGUAGCCCAAGCUCCGACUGCCUACGUCUUCACCGGUCAAGGUAGUCAGGAACAAGGCAUGGGACUGUUUCUUUACAACGAAUCUGCAGUGGCCAAGACUGUUUGGGACGAAGCUGACCGAAAUCUUGGUGAAGUGUAUGGAUUCAGUAUUCCUGAAAUCGUUCGCAACAAUCCUAAGGAGAAAGUUGUUCACUUUGGCGGAAUCAAGGGACACGGAAUCCGACAGCGAUACAUGGAGAUGUCAUACCAGACCACCGAUAAAGAUGGCAACGUCAAGACUUUACCCUUGUUCGGAGACAUCGAUCUACGAACCUCCCAAUACACCUUCUCAUCGCCUACUGGUCUUUUAUAUGCGACUCAAUUCGCACACAUCGCAUUGGUGGUUACUGAAAAAGCUGCCUUUGAGGAUAUGCGUGAGAAGGGUUUGGUACAAGUAGGCGCAGCGUUUGCUGGGCACAGUCUUGGAGAGUAUUCUGCGUUGGCGAGUAUGGCUGGUAUUCUUCCUAUUUCCUCUUCGGUCGAUGUCGUCUUUUUCCGAGCUCUUCGAGAGGUGGUCGAGACCAUCUCCAAGCGAUGCAACGUCUUGGUGGAGAUUGUCAAUUUCAACGUUGAAGGUCAACAAUAUGUCGCCGCGGGUGAACUGGUAGCUUUACAGACCUUGACCAAUGUCCUCAACUUCUUGAAGAUUCAAAAUAUCGAUAUCGCGAAACUACAGGCGAUGAUGUUACUAGAGGAAGUCAAAGAUAAACUUACCGAGAUUGUCGAUGAAUGUCACAAGGAAUCCGUGGCCAAAGAGAAAAAGGAUGGAUUCAUUGUUUUAGAGCGUGGUUUUGCAUCGAUCCCAUUGCCCGGAAUCGAUGUACCCUUCCACUCGCGGUAUCUAUGGGCUGGUGUGAUGCCCUUCAGAGCAUACCUAUCGAAGAAGCUCAACCCCGCUCACCUCAAUCCCGAAUUGCUCAUCGGCAAAUACAUUCCUAACUUGAUUGCCGAGCCGUUUCAAAUUUCAAGGGAAUAUGCCGACAGAAUUUAUCAACAAACUAACUCUCCAAGACUUGAGAAGGCUCUGAAGAACUGGACUGCAGAUGGUUGGGACCUCCCUGAGAAUCGUAACAAGCUAGGUUAUGUCAUCAUUGUGGGACUCUUGGCGUACCAAUUUGCAUCGAAGUGGCUCACGUCUCUUAUGACUUGUGAACCUAGGCCUGUUCUUUGGGUUCAAACCCAAGACCGACUUUUCUCUCCCGAGGAAUUCAACAUCCAACGGUUGAUCGAGUCUGGACCGUGUCCUACCCUGACUGGUAUGGCUGCGCGAACAUUGAAGCUCAAAUUCGAGAAAAGCGAUUUGGCGAGCAACAUGACUCGUGAAAUCCUUUGUAUCUCGAAAAACUCAAAGGAGAUCUACUACCAGUAUGAAAAUGAAGUGGAGGAGGCGCCUGAAGAGGCUCCUGCCGCUGCAUCUUCAUCUGCUGCUGCUCCUGGCGUCGCUGCCGCACCUGUUGCAGUUGCAGCUCCAGCUGCAUCAGCUGGCCCAGCCGUCGCGGUACCUCGCGAACCUUUGAAAGCUGUCGAAACGCUCAGAGUCUUGAUCGCUCAAGGUCUCAAAAAACCGUUGUCCGAGGUACCCCUCUCCAAGGCAAUCAAGGACCUAGUCGGUGGCAAGUAUACUUUGCAGAACGAGCUGCUCGGAAGCGCACAGGCCGAAUUCGGCUCCGCACCCGACAAAGCUGAAGAAAUGCCACUCGACGAACUUGGUGCCGCACUCGGCUCAAGCUACAGUGGCACAAUGGGUAAACAUACGAGUCGUUUAGUUUCUCGUUUGAUCGGUAGCAAGAUGCCCGGUGGUUUCGGAAUGUCUGGCUGUCUGGUGAUCAUGAACCGAGCCAACCCAGCGUUGUUAGAUUAUAUGCAGUAUUAUCUCGACAACACUGACGCGUUGAAAGGAGAACGCUACCGACUCGCCAAGGAUUUUGGGCAAAUCCUUCUCAGCAAUUGUCGCGAGGCUAUCGGCACUGCACCCAUGUAUCGUGAUAGUUUGAUCGAAAGUACUUCAACUAUCAGAUCCAAAGAACAAACCAUAUGUAAGAGUACGAAAACAUCAUUAUUCGAAUGGGAUAGUGAAGAAUUAAUCAAGUCUAGAACUAUGACAAAUGAAUCGAAUCCGGGUCACGAGAAAUCAUGGAUCUUAAACCAAGAUCAACAUUAUCAAGGAAGAAUCAUUGAAUUGAAUGACGAAGAGAUCGGCAUGAGUCCAGACGAUCGACAAAGCGUCUUUGAUAUGAUCCAUAAAAAACCAGACCCGAAUUCGGUUCCACACAAUCCAUUGAUCUCUAAACCUAAAGGUGUAAGAGUCUGUCGAGAAUGUUUAACGAUCGUCUUGAGAAGACAAUCGAUGACUUAUCCUAUCGAUCUUCCAGAGUACUUGAAACUUUAUUCGAUUCUGAAACAAUUACAAGAUGAAAUCGAACGUAGUUUACCUGAGUUUCAAGAAAUGAUGAUCAAUUCAAAGUCUAAAGCUUUGAUUCCGGCUGAAAGAAUCGAAUCUAACACAAUCUCAAAAGAGAAUGAAGUGUUACCUUUUAAUUCGAAUUCCAAUUCGAUUCAAACUAGUCUGAGUAAUCAAACUAAUCAAGACUUUAAUCAAUUAAAUGUACUUUUAGAACAAGAAAGAUUAGUUGAAGGCUACCUAGAAGAAGCUAAUUCAAGAAGACAAUUAGAAGAUUCAGUAAGUUUAAAGAUCAGUUUAAUUGAAUUCGCAAAGUUGGUAACAAAAUGGGUUUACAGCAGUAAAUUGACCACCCUCUAUCUGGAUGUUUUGACGGAGAUUGCCUCUGCUGGAACGACUUUCGAACAUAAGAACGCACUCCUCACUGGGGUGGGUAAAGGUAGUAUUGGUGUUGAAAUCUUGAAGGGUCUCUUGAGUGGUGGUGCUCAAGUUGUCGUCACCACUUCGCGAUACUCGCGUGCCACGGUUGAAUAUUAGCAAGCUAUCUACCAAGAAGUGGGUUCGCGUGGUAGUUUGACUGUAGUGCCUUUCAACCAGGGAUCUAAGCAAGAUGUGGAAGCUUUGGUAGACUACAUCUACUCCACCGAUAAGGACAAAGGUUUAG